AUGACUCACUAUCAACCACUUCUCGGCAAGGUUGCUGUUGUCACCGGCUCAAGCCGAGGCAUUGGCGCCGCCAUUGCCCUCAAGCUCGCCUCAUUUGGCGCCGACGUCGUGGUCAACUACGUCGCCUCAGCCACGGCCGCCGAAGCCGUCGCGGCCUCUGCGCGCGAGCAGGGCGUGCGCGCCAUUUGCGUGCGCGCCGACGUGAGCAAGCGCGACGAGAUUGCCGACUUGUUCCGCCGGACGGUCGCGGAGCUGGGACGCGUCGACGUGGUCAUGAGCAACUCGGGCAUUGAGCAUUUUGGCGACGUCGAGGCAGUCCAGGAAGCCGAGAUUGAUAAAGUCCUGGCCGUCAAUGUCAAGGCGCAGUAUUUUGUGGCCCAGGAGGCCUACAAGUACUUGACCGAGGGCGGUCGCUUGAUCUUGAUCUCGUCGAUUUCUGCGGUUUGGGGCGUCCCCCGUCAUGCAAUCUACAGCGCUUCAAAGGCAGCCAUUACCGGCAUGGUCAAGUGCCUCGCGCAUGAUUUUGGGCCGCGAAGAAUCACCGUGAAUUGCAUUGCCCCCGGAGGAAUCAAGUCGGACAUGUAUGCCGAGGCCGCCAAGGACUACAUUCCAGGAGGCGAGCAUCUCACUGUGGAGGAAAUCGAUGAGAAGGUCGGUGCAAUGAGUCCUCUAAGGCGCCCAGGGCUUCCAGAGGAUAUUGCCGGCGUUGUGGCACUGCUGGCAUCUCCCGAAUCGCAGUGGUUGACUGGCCAGACUUUCCACGUCAGUGGAGGUGCGCACAUGGCCACAUCAUGA